AUGGCCUCUAUCAAUGUUAGCUGUGUUCAUAGAAACCCAGAGUUGUUGUGGCUACAAGCUGCAGAUGAACAUCGGUCAUACAACAUCUCCCAUGACCGUGCCCUCACAGAAGAGCCACGUUGCAGAAGAGGUGAUGGAGGGCUUAACAGACAACUGCAAGAUGGUGUGCCCAACGAGGUUGUAUACUAUAUCAGGAGUGCUGGGUUUUACGAACUCUUCCAGGCAUAUACAUGCCAACUUGAUCAUUCUUUGAUCAUCGCGUUGGCUGAGCGAUGGUGUCCAGAAACCAACACGUUUCACCUUCCUAUCGGUGAAGCGACUGUCACCUUGCAAGAUGUGCAGGAGUAUCUGGGUAUUUACCCGGAAGAUGACGACUUGCGCAAAGGUCGGAUGAAAUUUAACCGGUUGGCAGGUACGAUUACUUUUGAACAUUGGGACCCGAAUGAUGAGGAGAGUUGCAAACAAAUGGCUAGACGGGUUAUUCUAGCUCUUAUUGGUUCACAGCUUUUUCCUGAUUCUAACAGCUAUGAUGUUAGUCUUAACUAUUUGUUGUUUCUGGGAGACCUGAGCAUAGCGGGUCGAAGGAGCUGGGGUUCAGCAACCCUUUGUUGUUUGUAUAGGAAUUUGUCUAAGGGGACUUGGCCUACUAGACAAGGCAUUGAUGGACCGUUGUUGUUGUUGCAGUAUUGGGCGUGGGAAAGAUUCCCACGCAUUGCCCCAUGA